AUGGGCAGGAUCGGUUCAGCCCAGCUUUGCUUUGGGAUGCUUGCAGUCUUGGCCAUCGUGGUCUACAUCCCUUCCACACAUGGGAAGCCUUUUUUACUGCAAGAGAACCAGGUGUUUCCAGAUAGAGAGGACGCCGGUCACCAAGAUGCUCUGCUGACUCUGCUCCUUGAUAAAAACCCUGCCUGGAGGCGCCCGGCCAAUAUCGACUUGGAGCUGGCGAAGAAAUACGAGGAGCUGCAGCAGCUGGCGAGGCUGAAGGAGCAGCUGCUGGCGGACGAGGGCUCUGACAUGGCCUAUCCCUUGGAGAGCCUGGCUGCACCGCACCCACAGAAGCGUGCCUGCUUUUGGAAAUACUGUGUCUGA